AUGGCAGCUGCGAUGAUGAACCUUGCAGAAAUGGCGGUCAGACCUUCCGCACCAGCCGGUGCCGUGGUGGCUGCAUCUCGCUCAGGCUCCUCCUCUCGAGUAGCCACGCCAGUCUUACCACCACUUCAGCCUCAGAAACCACACUCACAUCGCCAAGCAUCCGUUCAACAGAAUCCGGAACAUGUGCAGCUAGCUUCAAUGCCAGAACAGGAACCUUCUGAGAUGGGAGAUAUGGCGAGAUGGCGUCUCGUGUUCAGCGCGCUUUUUCACGCCAACGGGUUGGCAGAGGAGCCGGUGGAGAUCCCUAGGUCUGGUGGUCGUGUUGGAAUUUUAGGGCAAUCUGAGACGGUGGAGAUUCCUGCUCACUUCAGUGUGCAGCGUGAAGGCCUGCAGGGCACGCAUUAUUUACUGGAUGGCAGCCUGCUUCCCCUAGUUUCCAUGACCGAAGAAGAGACAAGGGUGGAUGUGGAAGAAGCUAACGGCAGAAAGUUCCCCCAUCAGCAUGUACUAGGAGUUGCCACCUCGGACCCACCUGGUAGCACCCAGCUUCAGACAAAUUUAGAGCCAAAGAAGGAUCGUGAGCUGAGGGACGACUACUAUGUGAAUGUGGGGUACGCCAUCAGAACGCUACGAGAGGAGCUGCCUACUCUAUUCUACCGGGACAUGACUUAUGACAUCUACAGGGAGGACAUAACCUUCCAGGAUCCCAUGAACACAUUCAAGGGCAUCGACAACUACCGCCUCAUCUUCAAGGCGUUGCGCUUCCACGGCAAGUUUUUCUUCAAGGCGCUCUGUGUGGACGUGCUGCGCGUGUGGCAGCCCAACGAGCGCACCAUCCAGAUCCGCUGGUCCGUCCGCGGCAUCCCCCGCCUCCCCUGGGAGGCCCACGGCCGCUUCGACGGCACCUCAGAGUAUAAGCUGGAUAGUUCUGGGAAGAUCUACUCUCACAAGGUGGAUAAUAUUGUUAUGAGCGACCCUCCGAAGUAUCAGCCAUUGACGGUAAUGGAGCUGCUGCGACUGUCAGGGGCGCAGACCACUCCCACCAUCUCGUGCUCCUGCAGAGUUUCACCAUCAGGGUAUGACGGGCCAGGGCUGCCGUCGUUUCACCGGCUGUUGGCGGAAGGAGCGGUGUUUCUGGCUAUGUCGUCUGGGCCGUCCGUGGCGGAAGAGACGGUGUCGCUCGUUCAGGCGUCCGAUAAAGGCAUUGGCCUCGCCUUUGUGGAGCAGCUGCUGAAGCGGCAGCCGACCGGCCGCGUCAUUGCCACGUGUCGAGAUCCGAUGGGCGCGCAGCACCUGGACGCACUGCACGACCAGAGCGGUGGGCGGCUGGAUGUGAUGCAACUGGAUGUGACUAAAGAGGAUACCAUUGAGGCUGUAGCAGCAGCAGUGCGGCAGAAGUACGGCAAGCUGGACCUGCUGCUGAACGUGGCGGGGGUGCUGCACCGCCCCAACGAGCUACAGCCAGAGAGCAGUCUGCACUGGCUGUGCCAGGACGCCAUGCUGCUGGCCUACCGAGUCAACGCCAUGGGUCCCAUGCUCGUGCUCAAGCACAUGAUGCCAUUACUGGUGACAGGCGGCCACACCAACCCCAAUCGCCCGUUUUCCAUAGUGGCCAACAUGAGCUCUCGCACGGGGUCGAUUUCUGAUAACCACAUUGGGGGUUGGUACUCCUACCGCGCCUCUAAAGCUGCUCUCAACCAAUUCACCAAGACGGCAGCAGUGGAGUUGGCCGCCCAGAAGAGCCCAGUGGUGGCGGUGCUGCUACACCCCGGCACUGUAGACACCGACCUUACUCGCCCGUUCACUGCACACUUGCCGGCCGAUAAGAUUUUCACACCCGAUUUCGCUGCCGAGCAGCUACUGGGUGUUCUAGAUGGGCUGGGCGAGAAGGACAAUGGGCGGUUUAUCGCUUAUGAUGGCACUGAUGUGGCGUGGUGA